AUGGCUGCCGAAAUUUUCGAACGCACUCAGUGGGAGAACGAGCGAGCCGUUCGUGAGGAUAUUUGCAGAAACGGCUUCAAAGCUGGUCACACUGGCGUGUCGUUCCACGUUGGCAACCUGCAGCUUCCAAGUCUCUACAGCGACGGUCGCGACCGGGGUGGCAAUGACCGUGGCCACAACGUGAAGAGCCGCGGGAGGUCUUUGCCUGCGGGGCGUCGCUUGUAUGAAUUUCUGCUCUGUCGCCUUGGUGCUGGGCGCUCGUAUCUUAUUGACAACCCGUCGCAUGCAGAAACAUUGGCCCUGCCACCGGAGUACGACAGCUUCUUCACGCGGCACAGCCCUGCGAAUGAGCAGGUGAUACAUGAAGAGUAUCCAGGUGUCCUGCCCAGGCAUGUUCUGCAUCAUGAGUACAUGGUCAGAGAUCCUGCGCAGGCACUUCCUGUGUAUUUGGUGCAUUUCGAGUUCGACCCAGAAAUGCCAGAGCUGCUCAAUCUUCCCCUCUGCGACCACUGUGGUCUGCAAGCCGCGAUGGUCUACUGCGAAGCAGAUGAUGCAAUUUUUUGCAGACCGUGCGAUAGCCGGAUUCAUUCGGCGAACAAGCUGGCGGCCCGUCACAUCCGAGUUGACAUCAAUCGACGUCCCAAUGCACCACUGGGAAAUUGUCCGGAUCAUGCAGGAUCCGAGGCGGACAUGUACUGCACGGAAUGUAAAGUUCCGGUUUGCCAGCAUUGCCGCAAGCUUGGGAGCCACAGCGCAGGAGAAGCCAAAAAGCACCGUCUCGUCAACCUCCGUGAAGCAUAUCAGCAUGCGCUGAAGGCAAGCACAGUCACGGCAAACAGCGUCCUGACAGAUCGGCAGCGCGUGGAAUCCCAGCAGGUUUCUGAACUGGAUCGGCGCCUGGUUACUGUGCAGGAGUCCACCCAGGCUUUGGAGGAUGGCAUCUACGACCAAGUGCAGCUUGCAGUCAAGCAGGGCCAGGCCUUGGCAGAAGAGCAGGCGCUGCUCCUCAUGGCGGACGAGUUGGAGGCCAAGCGGCAGUUGGAUCAGGCAGCAUGGAUGGAUUCCUUCUUGGAGGAACACGUCAAGAACCUGCCGCCCCCUGACUUUCUGGAAGCGUGGCUGCAGCAUGCCAAGGUCAGGCAAGAGGUCAGCCAGCUAGGUCGGCUCACAGAGCCGCGCAGCAGCGCAACACUGCGCUUGGAAGGUGGCCUGCGGCUUGUAGCGGACACUGCAGAGGCCACGUGGUCUCGACCUGGAGAUGCUCCAGGUGGCGUUUCCAGCUCCACCACCCGAGUUGGUGUGUGUGGCACAGUGUACGAAGGCGAUGCUGGGAAAGCCGUGCACGAAAAGUUCCGCAUACAUGAAGCCUAUACGAUCGUUCGGAAGCGCAUGGAUGAGAUACAGCCGCGAGUCGAGGAGUGGGAAAAAGCUGAGAAGGCAAAAAAGGGGGAGGAGGAUGUCAAGAAGAAGGAGAAAGAAAACGGCAAACACGAAAGCAGAAGCAGAGCUAAGGACAAGGACACUUCCGGCUUGUUAGCACGAUCGCGGUGCAUGUGCAGUCGCAGUGUUUUGACGUUGCUGGAGUUCACUUCGACUGGGACACACCACGCAUAUCUUGCCUCAAGUUUGUAA